GUCGGUGUAGGCAGCAAUGCCCAUUGCAUCUUUGUGCGCGGAGGCAGACGUCAUCAGAAAGGUGGACGGACACUAUAUGUAUACGGCCCUAGGUUUGCUAGAGGGAGCUGUACUGUCUCAGUAACCUGGUUUUGCCAUCAAAGGAGGAGGGGACAGGUGGUGACGAGCUGAUUGGGCUGGUUGAUCCUUCGGCGCGAGAAUUUUUAGACCAAGAACCCUAAGUGCAACGAGGGAGAAAGCGAGGAACCGACUGGGAUGGACAGCAACGAGAGCGUGUACGAAACGGAGCGGACGAUCGGAGAGAUUCGGGUGAUUGUCAAUUGCUGCUAUGAUGAGCUCCUCCUGCUGGACCCCUUUCCGCUCAUCACGGAAGAGGUCAUCACGAAGCUAGUGGGAGAAAAGCACGAGUACCACCUCGCCGCGUCCGACGUUGAUACCGACUAGGAAUUGUGGAGUUUCUGGCGUGACAAUAAGACUAGGCUUCCUCACGAGUACAACGUUGCCAAGGAUAUCGCAUUGAUUCAGCCAUCCUCUGCCUUCAUGGAGCGAGUAUUUUCUAUUCUGCGUGCGUGUAUGGACCAGAGGCAGGAGUCGAGCUUCAGCGAUCGCAUUGCCGCAGCUGCCCCUCUCAAGUACAACAGGGGGCGCGGAGAGUAGUAGUGCGCGAGUACGCUGUUUUGCCCGUGGUGUGUGUUUGUGGUGUCUUGGAUAUGAGUCCGAUAUAUCGUAUUUGAGGCGCUUUCUUACUUGUUGCUGUUAUUUUUCUGUUUUGUUUGGUACUACUGCAUUUUCAGGUGAACUCUACGGAAGUCACAAGUGUCUGUGCGUAUUUUUGUUGCUGUUGGAAUUGAAUGUGUGGCAUGGCUUCGGCUUGAAUUUUUUUCUUGACUUUUGUGCGGUUUGUUGCAGAAAGCAGGGCAACCCUGCUGUUUGGUUCAGCGGCCAUUGCGUGGUAUGCCAGCGGUGUUCCAUUUUACAGCAAAAGCCUAGUAGCCCGCACUGCUAUGGCUGUUGAUUGUUUUAAUUGAAAAUUGCUAUUUUUCGUUGCAUAGACAAUUAUGGGGGGGGAUGGAAUGUGUCCAUGAUUCUAGAGGCACUACAGCAAUUUAUUUGGUGUUCUGAUGGGUUUGACACUGCUACAGCAGGGAGGGGCUUUUGGAGGCGCAUUUAUGUCGCUUGAAGUAUUUUACCGCGAUUGAUUCCAGAAAUAAAUAUAUCUACUCUG